GGCGAAGAAGAAGAUGGUGACGGCGGAGAAGAAUGGAUACUGCGGCGGCGGGGACGAGGCACACAUGCGUGAAGCUCGAGAUUUACACCCCUGCGAGCGAACCAGUCUUCGUCAAGGGAACGUGGUUCGAGGGUCGCUUCGACCUCUCCAUCACCGAAGGCCUCCACUCUUGGGUCUGCCACGCUAGGGAAGAGGAUGUGAGAGAUAGAGCGGCGCAGUGGGUCAGCCAGUAUCCGAGUAUAUCCAAUUGGCGGAGAAGC